UCAGCGUUUCUAAGGAAUUUCAAAAAGUCACCCGCCAUGUAUGUUGUGUUUUCAGGCUGGACUGAGUCCGUUGUGCAUUUUUGUUACUGGUAGACCGAAGACAACAUUUGUUCUUUUAAGGGUUUUUAUAAAAGAAAAAGAAACAAAAAAAAGAGCAAGGUACCUUAUGAUGGAUUCUCGAUUUGCUCACCUGCGCCAGCGGGACACCAGUGUGUCCAUGCUGAGGGUAAAAAUGUCCCGUAGGAGGUCUCACUCCCAGAAGGAGAAUCGGGAGCGGACCGUGAACACACGCAGGCAACUGGCCAAGCUGCAAGAGCUGGAAGUGUCUUGCCUGGAUGCCUCCAUCAUGGCCGACAUGUCAACCAUUCAGGAAAAGACACAGAAAAAUGCAAAAUCUGCUAAAAACGUGGCUGUGGAAGAGAGGUUGAAACAGCUUGAUCGCUGGAAAGAGCGUAAGGCUCUGGAGAAGGAGAAAGAAAAGAGAGAAAGGGAGCGUAAAGGGGUAUUUAAGACGGGCAUGUAUCAUCCAAAGGACACCCUUAUCAUUCCCUCUCUACCUGUGGUCCCAACUGUCUUAACCAGAGCUAAGGAGACAAAAGGAAACGCAGCUCCAUCUCAGAAUACAAGGGUAACUCGUUCAAUGAAGCAGCAGCAGCAAGUCCAGAGGACUCUGAAGGUGCAAGAUCCUAACACUGUGGCAAAGAAAGCUCAGCCUGCUGUGGAAAGAACAACCAGGACCCGGGUCAAGCCUGCACCUGCAGCAGCUUCUUUUAACCAUGUUAGUCAAGAUGUAAGGACCACAAGGAGCAGAGCAUUUGUCGACCAUGUGGCCCCCCCUUCUGACAGAGAAAGGAACUUUAAAGCAACUGCCAACACUAUCAAGCCUGCUGUGCCCAUGAAGCCCAAGCUGACGGUCUCUGAAAUGCACGAGACAGAAGACAAACCUGGUCCCCCGAGCCCUGUACCGUGCUCUGAAGAGGAAGCCAUGGUGGUGGACCAGGCUCCGGCUGACUCUCUCCCUGCUGCGGAUCCCGUGGAAUCGGCAUCGUCUUUUGCCCCCAAGGGUUUUAAAUUCCAGGCUCCUACUGGUUUGUCGUCCUUCAAGUACGAGCCUCUCACUCCUCGCUCAGCAGACUCCUUCCUCACACCAAGCCCCAGCUUCAUUCUUCCAGAGGUUCCCGCUUUCAACGUUGAGCCUCAGGCUGAGCCAAGCGAACCCUCACCCUCCCUACUGCAUACAUCUCCCACAAUGCACCCUCCAACUCCAGGCAGCCCUCUGGAGUCAAAGCAUGACGUACCAUACUUUAGGUCGGAAAUUGCCAACGAAACAAACAGACUGACGGCUCUGAGUGUCCUCUGGGAGUCUAAAGUGGAGGAUGAGUCCAUCCCAGAAGAGAUGAGAGACUGUAUGCGCACUGCAGUAGGACAGGCCAGGCUGUUGAUGAAAGAGCGUUUUACGCAGUUCAGCGGUCUGGUGGACGACUGCGACCUGGGCCGAGGGGAGAAAAUCACCACCUGCACAGACCUGCAGGGAUUUUGGGACAUGGUGUAUUACCAGGUAGAGGAUGUCUGCAAGAAGUUUAACACUCUCAAAGAAGCAGAGAGCCGGGGCUGGGUGGAGGAGCACAAGCCCCCACCACCACCACCGCGACAGAGGAAAGGAGUGAAGAAACCAUCGGCUGCACCGGCCAAGACGACAGGAACUAAAGUAGCAGCCAAGUCCCGCCUGGCGGCUGUGAAAGCGGCCAUGAAAGCGAAACAGCAGGCAGAGAAGGCAGCAACGGAUGCUGGAAACAAUGAGGCAGAGCCCCAACCCGCUGCCACCGUGGUCUUUGAUGGAGGCUUCUUCCAGGUGGAGAGCCCGGCCAGGCCAUCAGUUGUGUCUACAGGUUCUGCGAGGAGAUCCAGCCGUCUGAGUGCUGCAGUGCUGCCUCAGGCCUCUCCCUGCUCCAGCUACCUCUCUCCUAGAAGAGUCAGUCGGCGAUCCCUUGCACUGGCACAGACUCCCCUUGACGCCACUGCCUCUCCUGCUCAGCCCGUCCACACCCCUGCCCACCUCAGUUUUGCCCUCAACAGAACCCCGGCGCCAAAGUCUCAGCGUGGCACUCCUCAGUCAUCCCAGAAGAGAAAAGACACUGUAAAUGUCUCCCUUUGUUUCUCACCUGUCAAGGAAGUGCUUUCAGAUGACAGCCAGCCUGAAGGAAGCCCUGCACGCCAGUCAGAAACAGUCCCCACACAGGAAAACCCGGCUCCUGUUCCUGAAUCAAGCACGGCCGCACCUGUACUUCCACUUCCAUCCAUUUCUGUAGUCGAGGAGCAAGACAAGCCAGGUGAAGCUGUCGAUGUUUCCCUCCCCCUCUCUCCAAGACUUUCCCUCUCUCCGUGCAAACCAACUCCAACAGUGUCCCAGGCCUCUGAGCCCCCAUCUCUGAGUUUCAUGUUGUCGCCCUGUGUGACUCCCAGCCAGCCUUCCAUCUCCUUCCCUCUGGCUGCGGGGGCCCAGGAGUCUGAAUGUCAUACACCAGGCAGCUCAGUUGUUGAGGAAAUUCCUGGUCUGGACUUUGAGCGUUACCUCCAGCCUUCACAGAGAUUCAGCCUGUCACCACGGGAGACAGGUGCCUUAGAUACACUGUCCCCCAUGGCAGUGGAUGUAGAAAUGGAGAGUCCCAGAGCUCAAUCAGAGCACUCGCUUACUCUUCAAGAACCAGGCUCACUUCUCACUGUUACCACAGCACAUCCGGUGGGGCCUUCGGUGUUAACUCUUCAGUCACCAAAGGCCCAAACAGUCGAGUCUGCCUUGUUACUCUUCACCCCGGACCUGAAGGACCGGAUACGCCAGUCUGUCUGUCCAAGUGACCUCAUGGUCUUCACCCCUCCCCUCUAAAGAAAUGUUCUUUUAAAUAUUUUAUUUUUUACAUAUAGCAACUACUUUUGAUCCUCAAAAAAAAGAAAAUGUAUCUGAGUGAUUCUGGCUUAAUAGAAAUUUGUUUUGUCUUCCCA